AUGGCCGCCGUUUCCACCACAGAGAAGUUCCUCUGUGAUGGAGCAAUGGCAUGUCUGGACACCCUGAUGAAGGUCAACAACAUCAUCUCUGUCACCGUUGGUCGCAAGGCGUAUGAAGAUGGCAUUGUUGCUUUAUUGUCCAGUGCUCGAGAUGACUCUGUGAUCUCUGCUGUGCACCGUGCUGACUACGAUGUCGCCCUCCUGAAACUCAUCGAUGACGCCCUCCCGGGACUCGUCGGACCCAGGGUCCUCCCACCGUUCAAUGAGAACUUUCGCAUGACUGUUGUCUGCAACAUGCAGCUUCUUUCGGUAUCUCUGCGAGAUGCAGAUAUGGCACUUUUCACAGAGAUUUGGCACCGACAACUUGACCAACUCGAUACCGCCACCGCUGGAGGCCAGCAACCAUCCCUCUUGACGAGUGCCUUGACUGACGAUACGCUCAACGAAGUCACUCAACGGGCGCUUGCUGAGGCUGAAAUGAGAUUGGUGGAUCGUGAUGAUCCGGCUGCACAGGCAGGCACUAUCGACUUUCUUCAACAAGGCGCCCUCAUUGUGCAGGAGAGAAUCAAGGAAGAAGAAUACAAGUUGUUCUUUGACUCAGUGGUCGGCACCCCCUCGGAGCCUGAUGAGUCAAUGAAACAAGACUCACCUCACGAUCGGCCACUGCCACAUGACACACAUACACAAGAACAAGGCCCAGACAUUCACACCACGCGACCACCUCCGUCACCGAGCAUUCCUUCAGUGUCAGAGCCUGCCCAACCAACUGUAACCACUACGGAAAGCGACCCGAAGCCGUCAAAGCCGCCAAAGAAGCCAAAGGCACCAACGCAGCCAAAGAAGUCAAAACCGCUUCCCCCCCUUGCGGGUCCUGCGCAAUUGAUUCCUGGAGACACACUAUACUAUUGCGAUGGUUGUCCUGGAAAACCCGGUAUUCUAGUCUUUACUUCGUUCGUUCGGCAUUUCAAACUGGUCCACGGGCUCGAAUCCCCAGAAGACCUAGCCCGAGCAAAGCACCUGUACCCAAAGAAGUUCCCAAAGAAGAAACCAGUUGAGAAAAAGAAGAAGUCAACCAGUGAGCCAAGCGGCGAACAGGAAGAUAUGCCAAAUAACAGACCAAAUGACAUGGCAAACACCGAGGAAAGCAAUGAAUCCAAUCGAUGA